UCUAUCAAUAUUUUGUUUUCUCUUAUUCAGUUUAUCUUAAAAUUCAAAGUUUAUUGUAAAUUAUGGUUAAUAAUUUUGCUUAGAAAAUUUACCCCACAGAAGUUUUACGAUCAUGGAGGGAUCACCGAACCAACCAAAUAUCACAGAACAGAAAAAGCACUACGAUGAUCGAAUAAGAGCAAUAGAAGAUGCAAUCUGCAAUCUUUGUGGUCCGUCAUGUGGAACAUGUACUCAAGAUGCCAGACAGCCGCCGGACGAAUCAUGGAUGGCUGAUGGACGAUUUCAUGCUGCUCAACAGGCUCCCAAGAAGACCGAGGGAAGAUGGGUAGCUGAGUCUCCAAGGCAGCCGGCAGGUGCUGCACAAUGUAACGCUGAAUUUCCCCCGCUGAGUCUAUUGUCCGUGGAGAAUGGUGCGACCAUGCCAGCCUACAACCCUGUCGACCAGCUGGUCUUGGAAAAGUCCACUUCAGUGUGUAGGCCUAAUGCAGUGUGCAGUACUGAACAGGAGCAGCAAAACAAGGUGGAAAAAGAUUUGAGCCUGGUCAUAAACGAGACUGAAUACAUGAUCAACUUUGGGUGCAAACAAGUCAGACAUUUGAAUGCUGUAACUCUUGAGCUGAAACUGUUGUUGACAUAUGAGCAGAAAAUUCUCAAACAAGUGGUCAAUAGAAUUGACAAAUUUAAAUUGCUUAGAGAAGAAAAUAAGAGAAAAGCAACAGAAUGGGAAAACAAAUACAAGGAGAAAACACCGGAAUACGAACGUUAUUCUGUUAUGUUGAUAAAUGUUCCGCAGACAGAAACAAUCAACGUAGAUGGAAUCCCAGGUCCCGUUCAGCAGAAAGUCCUGUUCCAAAUAGUGUCUCAGACCACCAACACAGCCAAUAGGGUGGUGGUACAUUUGUCCAUGGAAGAGGCUGUCGCGAACGACAUAGACUUGACUCUACAAGACAUGAAAAAACAUUGUGCUGUUAUGCUCAAACAAAUUGCCGGUUGGCUGAAAAUGCUCGAGGCUCAGAUUAAACAUCAAAACAUCGUUCUGGAUCGGUGGACUGAAUGCAAAAAUAUGCUUAAGGAUCUUAAAGUUCAGGGAGAAACAGAAAAAUUUGCAAACAACACUACUGAUGACAGUAAAAAUAUAACACAACAGUUGAAGCCAUAUGAAGAACGUUUAAAAAGAAUUGAAGAAGCCCUCUGCAAACUUACUGGACCUCCUUGUAUUAACUCUCCUCAACAAACAAUAUCAGACCCGUACGACCAACGCUUGAAAAUAAUAGAAGAGGCAAUCUGUAAAAUGAGCAAUCCUCAACAGUGCAAUACUUCUCCUUAUUUUGUCUGCCAAGUGCCUCAAGGAAAUUACAAUGAUUCUUUGUGUGAUCCAACAAGGGGAAUCAGUAAUAACGGAACACAGACCCAACAAUGUGUUUCACCUAGUCCGCAAGAGUGCAGUCCGCAACCUCACAACUUCUCGUCCAUCUCAGAUUGCUACAUUGAGGACCCUUACUUGCCCUCGCCAGUAUUGUUCCCAUCAUUUCCUUCACCUUGCCCUCCAUCUCCAUGCCCCGAAGUAUGCUCCCCUCAGAGUCAGAAUCCGCAAGGUGUGUGCCCUCCCCAUACUCCUGUGGACUACUUCGGGAACCCCAUUGGUUCCCAACAGAGCAACUCCUGCUGGGGCAGCCCCCCGGGCGCACAAAAUCAAGUGCCGACAUGCCCCUUGGAGUACAACGACCUGGGCGAACUGCGAAGAAACAGGGCACCACCAGGGACAUUUUCCGGCAUAGAUCUGGUAGACUGCCCUGGUAUGGGGUUCCCAGUACCCAAGGCAGCUCUAGAUAGAGGAGGCAGACUACCUGGACAGACUGUACCUUUGACUCCGCCACCGCCACCCCCUCCACACAUGGGGAGAUUCACACCCCUCGCCAUCAGUUCGCCUGUGAAAGGAGAUCCAGGAGUGUUAAGACCUCGUCAGCCAGUUACUCCUUUACCUCCGAAUCCACUGGGGGAGCAACCGAUGGACCCAGCUCUUCUUCCUAAGAUUCAAGAAGAUCUGCAAAAGUUAGCGGAGAGGAAUAAGAACUUGCAAGAGCUUGUCAACAACUUUAAGAGGAUUCGUGCAACACUGACUGAUGCGAUUGAUAAAGCAGUGAAACUCAACCAAAAACUGCAAAGGGAUCUGUACUAUGUAGCUGAAGCACACCGAUAGUACCAGGGGCUGAAAACAUUGAAUGUACAGGACUUAAUUUGAUUGAACGUAAAUACUCAAAACUAAUCAUGAAUGUAAACAAUUAAUAAAUGAUUUCAAUGCA